AUGGCGGCGCCACAGACUUUCUCGCUCCUCGCAUUCACUUUCUCUCUCCUCGCCGUAGCUUCCACAGUAACCGGCAGCAACAUCACCCAAAUCCUCGCUGAUUUCCCGGAGUAUUCCUCCUUCAACAGCUACCUUUCUCAGACGAAGCUCGCCGACGAAAUCAACAGCCGCUCGACGAUCACCCUCCUCGUCCUCAACAAUGGCGCAAUGUCUUCCCUCGCCGGAAAACACCCACUCUCCGUCAUCAAAAACGCUCUCAGCCUCCUCGUCCUCCUCGACUACUACGAUCCCCUCAAACUCCACAAAAUCUCGCAAGGCACAACUCUCUCCACCACGCUCUACCAAACCACCGGAAACGCUCCCGGAAACCUAGGAUUCGUCAACAUCACCGACCUUAAAGGAGGCAAAGUCGGAUUCGGCUCCGCCGCUUCAGGCUCCAAGCUCGAUUCCUCCUACACGAAAUCCAUCAAGCAAAUCCCUUACAACAUCUCCGUCCUCGAAAUCGACAAUCCGAUCAUCGCUCCGGGAGUCUUAGCCGCCCCAGCUCCGUCCGCCGCCGUAUCCAACAUCACCGGAUUGCUCGAGAAGGCCGGUUGCAAAACCUUCGCGGAUUUGCUCGUCUCGAGUGGAGUCCUCAAGACUUACGAAUCCACAAUCGAGAAAGGCUUGACGGUUUUUGCACCGUCCGAUGAAGCUUUCAAAGCCGCCGGAGUCCCAGAUCUAACGAAGCUCACGCAAGCUGAGAAGGUCUCGCUUCUAGAGUAUCACGCACUCGCUGAGUACAAGCCUAAAGGCUCACUCAAGACUAACAAAAACAAAAUCCCCACAUUAGCCACCAGCGGAGCCGGAAAAUACGAUCUAACAACCUCGACCUCAGGCGACGAAGUUAUUCUUCAUACCGGUGUUGCUCCGUCAAGAGUCGCUGACACGGUUCUCGACGCGACUCCGGUCGUGAUAUUCACGGUGGAUAAGGUGCUCCUCCCUGCUGAGCUAUUCGGUAAACCACCUUCUCCGGCACCGGCGCCGGCGCCAGAGUCUGAUACCGCACCGACACCAUCUCCCGCGGAAGGACCUUCACCCAUGGCGGCUUCACCGCCGGCACCUCCGAUGGACGAUUCACCGGGCAGUGCUCCUUCAGACUCGCCGGCAGCUUCGGAGAACACCAAGGCGAAGAACGCCGCGGAUGGCGUGAGGUCACCGUCGUUGCUCACCGCAUUGGUCACGCUCACCGCCUUGGCCGUUUCGGUGUCUCUCUGCUAUUGA